AACAUACGUAAGUCCACAGUAUAAAGCUGCCUACACUUUCCCACCAAAUAUAUCUGAUGCUUGCAACGAUCUCCGAAAUUGCCGAACGAUGUGGGGCAUCGUCUAUAGCUGUCUCCUUACCGUCUUUGCCUGCAUUUGGACAGCAGUGCACCCAAACGUGCCAAAGCACUAUUAUGGUGCCUGGUCGUUUAGAUCACCCCGUGUCGGCUUCACGCUGCUUUCACUGCUUUCACCAGAGAUCAUUCUGGUAUUUGCAUGGAGGGAUUUUUUUAAAUCCUGGGAAAUAUCAAAGAAAUGCAGGAAUGUUGAAGGGUGGACCUUUACACAUUCAUACUUUGUCGCCAUGCAUGGUUUCUUUGACCCAUCGGCGGAAAGUGCGUUGGGUUACCGGGACGACCUGCAGCGAUACCCCGGGAUAAUUGAGAAGUCUGGGAAUGCUAGAAAGGCCGCAAUAACAAAGGAGGAGAUUCUUGACAGAAGCAAAGGGGAUCCGUUUGCUAAAUCCAUCAUUGUCCUUCAAUUACAGCGGUUUGCAAUUGAAUUGUCACGUGAUCAAUUUUUGUCCCGCUGCCCGAAAACAAGGCCGACAAAGAACACUGCACAUCUCAGCAACCGCAUGAGUUAAACACUUGCGGUUUGCUGGAAAAUGUUUUUCACCUUUGUGCGCAUUUUUCUCGACAAUGGCUGGGUGGAAUGGGCUGAAACUUGGGCAGCGAGAGCUUUGG